UCAUCCAAAAAGAGGAUCUUCCAUUCUAAGGACCGUCCAUUAAGUGGACCCAUGGGCGGAGAUGUCAAGAUCUAAUCCUAUACGUUGGUUCCAGAAAGAAGAAUGUCUAGUGGAUCCACAAUUCCACACACAUAGCAUCGCCAUCGUCUAUUUUCGCUACCUUUCUGAAGCGCCAUCAAUGGCGGAUCUCAACCUCUUGCUUCUCCUUCUCCUUGUCAUCCCUAUCUCUCUUCUUGCUCUGCUAAUUUUAAUCGUCAGGCCCCGCCCCGUCAAGAUCCCAAUAAAAAAUCGCCAUGUUUUCAUCACCGGUGGGUCCAGCGGUAUCGGAUUGGCCUUGGCAAUCCGGGCCGCAUCAGAAGGGGCCAGAGUCUCCAUUCUGGCCCGUUCUCUCGACAAGCUCGAGGAAGCAAAGCACUUUAUCCGUCUAUCUACUGGUGUGGACGUGGCAAUUUUUGCGGCGGAUGUGAGAGAUUUUGAUUCUGUAACAAAAGCUGUGGUUGAGGCAGGCCCCAUCGAUGUGUUGGUGGUGAAUCAAGGGGUGUUUUUACCUCAGGAACUGGAGAAGCAGGAAUUGGAUGAGGUCAGGUUCAUGAUAGACGUGAAUUUGAUGGGGAGUUUUAAUAUGAUUAAAGCUGCUUUGCCUGGAAUGAAGAUUAGGGAUGAACGCAGGCCCGCCUCGAUUGCUCUCAUGUCAUCUCAGGCCGGUCAGGUGGGUAUUUAUGGCUACACUGCUUACUCAGCUAGUAAGUUUGGGCUCCGGGGUUUAGCAGAAGCUUUACAACAGGAGGUCAUCGCAGAUAACAUACAUGUCUCCCUUAUAUUCCCUCCGGACACUGAUACUCCUGCCCUUGCUGAGGAAAAUAAAAGGCGGCCACAACUCACAAGUAUCAUUGCAGCCUCUUCUGGUGCAAUGAAAGCAGAUGAAGUUGCCAAAAAAGCUUUAGAUGGCAUCAAAUCUGGUAGUUUUGUCGUCCCUUGCAACUUUGAGGGAGCCUUGUUGAGCAUAGCAACUGCUGGUUUAUCCCCUCAGAGAUCAUUCUUAAUGGCAUUUAUCGAGGUGGUUGCUGCCAGUAUGAUACGACUUUUAGCCCUUUGCUUCCAGUGGAAUUGGUAUGGAAGUAUAGAGAAGUGGCAUGCACAAAAGAAACUUGAAGAGGACGCAAAAAUUCACCUUCGUCCGCUUAAGAGGUUUUCUUUUCAGGAAUUACAAGUGGCGACAGAGGAUUUUAGCAAUGAAAACAUUCUAGGCAGCGGUGGAUUUGGACCAUUUGGUAAAGUUUACAAAGGAAUUCUGGAAGAUGGAUCCUUGGUGGCUAUAAAAAGACUGAAAAGCGAGCAUACUCCUGGUGGGGAACUUCAGUUCCAGAAAGUAAUGGCAAUGAUCAGUACUGCUACGCACCAGAAUCUCCUUAAGUUAGAUGGGAUUUGUAUGACACCAACUGAACGACUGCUAAUUUAUCCCUACAUGGCUAAUGGGAGCGUUGCUUCAUGCUUAAGAGAGCGACCUUUAUCACAACCUGCACUUGACUGGCCUACUAGAAAGCGAAUUGCUAUUGGGGCUGCAAGGGGUCUUUGUUAUUUGCAUGAUCACUGUAAUCCAAAGAUUAUUCACCGCGAUGUUAAAGCUGCAAAUAUUCUGUUGGAUGAGGAGUUUGAAGCUGUUGUUGGGGACUUUGGGCUAGCUAAAUUGAUGGACUACAAUGACACUCAUGUCACCACUAAUGUUUGUGGUACAGCAGGGCAUAUAGCUCCAGAAUACCUCUAUACUGGUAUAUGUUCAGAGAAAACUGAUGUCUAUGGAUAUGGAGUUAUGCUUCUAGAGCUAAUUUCUGGACAGAGGGCUGUCGACCUUUCUUGGAUUGCUGCCGAAGAUGAUCUUUUGCUCCUUGAUUGGGUAAAACUUCUCCUGAAAGAGAGGAGAUUACAAGUGCUGGCUGAUCCUGAUCUUCGCAGCAAUUAUGUACAAGAUGAAAUGGAGCAGUUAAUCAAGGUGGCAUUGCUUUGCACACAAGGUUCCCCAUUGUACCGGCCUAAGAUGUCUGAAGUGAUGAGAAUGCUUGGAGGUUAUGGCUUGGCAGAGAGGUGGUAUGAAUUGCAGGAGAUAGACACUUCUGAGCAGGAUUUUAGACUGGCCUUUCCACCUAUUUCUUAUUACCUGAUCGACUCCACGGAGAAUCUACAUGCAAUUGAGUUAUCCGGUCCCAGAUGAUUCUUCUCUUUUUGCCAAUAUUUACAACUUGCUACCUUCUUGUUCCAUCAAACUAGCUACACCAAGUAUGAACAAUGGCAUGCACAAGAAGAGCAGAGCACACAUAUAUAUAUAUUUUUUUUCUUAUGAAUAAUACUGCUUGGAUAAUGGCUAUAUAUGCAACGACAUCCAUUAGGAGAACUGGAAAUUAGGAAGUAUCAGAAUUCUCGAAUUUUCAGGGAUUUUUGUUUUCUGACUAGAAACUGAAGCUAUUUGUUGAAGGCAAAUUAUGGAGGCAUUUGAUCUUAA